AUGGUCGAAAGGGUGCGCAUCAGCACCAUUUCAGGCGAAUCGCCAACUCCAUGCGACAACCCCGUCAAAGAAGGGAGUGUGGAAUCUCUGCUCGCAAGCCUUGGCUUGAGCAUUGAUCCAUCAGAGGCUCAAGAUUUCCGCAGACUCCUGGCCGCUGUUCAUGACUGCGCCGAGACCGUGGCUGCCUUGCCGGACUACCAGCUUAAUUCUCGGCUAAGUCGCUACCCGCGCCAGAAUAUACGGCAACCAGCAGCAGAGGAGGAGGAGCAGGGGCUGGGCCAAGCCUGGGCGCACCGCUUCUUCAUCGCCGGAGAUCGCGAGGGUGGUGGCCGCCUGAUCGGCAGAUCCGUCAAUCUCAAGGAUGUGAUUGCCGUUGCUGGCGUGCCGCAGCUGCAAGGGAGCCGUGUAAUUCCAUCCUGGACCCCCGAGUUUGACGCCACGGUGGUUACGCGACUGCUGGAAGCCGGGGCUGACAUCCGCGGGACGUCGACCUGCGAGGACCUGUGCCACUCGACGUCCUCGUUUACGAGCGCGCAAGGCACAGUUGAGAACCCGCAUGCUCGGGGAUAUUCGGCCGGAGGCAGCACUUCUGGGGGCGCAGCUCUCGUGGCAGCUGGAUUGGUAGAUGUGACGAUAGGGACCGACCAGGGCGGCAGCAUCCGAGUCCCUGCAGCCAUGUGCGGUUGUGUGGGGAUCAAGCCCACACACGGCCGCGUCCCCUUUACGGGCAUAAGCAGCGGCGACGCCUUGGACGACCACGUUGGUCCUAUGACACGAAACACCCUAGACGCGGCUCUGUGCCUGGACGUGAUCAGUGGCUACGAUGGUAUCGAUGAUAGGGCGUUGGCCAGCCCCAAGCCGGGUUCUACAAACUUUGCAGCCACCAUUUCACAAGGCUCUGCUACUCGCCUGGAUGGUUUCCGAGUCGGCCUGAUCACGGAAGCAUUCCAACAUGCGUCACUGGAUCCUGUCAUCCGAGAAGCGGUUCUGGCUGCCGCGAAGCGGUUUCAAGACCUUGGUGCUGUCGUGGAAGACGUGUCCAUCCCAGACCACAACCUAGGCCCUGCCAUAUGGACGAUCCAACAGCGAAUUUCCGGCACACAGACUCUUCUCGGCCGCAAUACGGGUAGGAGGGAGCUUUAUCCCACGGGACUUCAUGGUAAAACCCUGCCAUGGACCGCCGAUUCGUUCAGAAGAUCGUCAACUUCUACGAAAAACGUCAUCAUCAAUGGCCUGCACCUCAUGUCAGAGUUUCCCGGCCUCUACGGCAAGAGUGUUAAUAUCGGGCGGCAACUACGCGAUGCGUACGAGGCAGUAUUUCGGGAAUACGACGUCUUGAUCACGCCGACCGUCCCUGUCGUGGCCCCCAGGCAUGGACGGCGCGGCGGACUCCCCAUUGAAUCCGCAACGCCGAGUAUGGGACUGACAAUCAACACGGCCAUUUUCAACGUCACGGGCCACCCGGCCAUGUCGAUACCUGUUGGCUUCGCACCAGCCAAAGACGACAAAACCGUUUUGCUGCCCAUGGGGAUGCAGCUUGUCGGAGGGUUGUGGCAGGAGUUGAAGAUCCUGAGGGCUGGCCAUGUGUGGGAGUCGUGCUUUGAUUGGAGACACAAUGUACAGCAUACCGAAGGACUAGACUAG